AUGUUUCAGACCACCAGUAGGCGACUAUUACACACUUCAAUCCCCACACUAUCGGAAUUCUCACACAUCGUCAUUGGAGGAGGCGUAGUUGGUGUGGCAACGGCAUCUGAAUUACAACAACAAUCGGGUAACAAUGUACUUCUUGUUGAACAACAUGACACUUUGGGGCAGGAAACCACUUCACGCAAUAGUGAAGUCAUACAUGCCGGACUAUACUACCCUAGUCUGAGUUUGAAAGCACAGCUCUGUAUUGCUGGUAAGAACAAGAUUUACCAAGCUUGGAAACUGGGGAAUCUACCAGUGGAUUUACAACAGUGCGGUAAAUGGGUUGUUGCACAGGAUGAAGUGGAGGAGGAAUACUUGCACAAAUUGCAAGCAAAUGCAAGGGAAUUGGACGUUCCUGUGAACUUUGUCCCCAUAGAGAAAGCAAAACUGCGUUAUCCACUUAUUCGUGCCAACAAAGCCAUUCUUGAAAGUCCCACAUCGGGAAUUAUAUCGGCUCAUGAGUUUGUCGCAUUCCACGAGGCCGGUUUCGAAAAUAGUGAUGGUACUGUGGGGUUGAAUAGCAAGGUGGUUGGUAUAAUGCAUAAUCCUGGAGUUUCUAAUUAUACAGUGUCCCUUGAACUGGAUGGAGAAAUAGUGGAUAUCACUACUGAUAAUAUAGUCAACUCGGCAGGUCUUUUUGCUGCUGAUGUUGCCAAUAUGAUGCUACCUCAAAAUAAGCAUUACAAUUAUUACUACGCCAAGGGUAAUUACUUCAGUUAUGCACCAGAAACCCCAAUUGGACAACGAAUCACUGAUAAAUUGAUUUACCCAUGUCCUAAUCCUAAUGCGUCAUCAUUGGGUACUCAUUUGACUUUGGAUUUAGGUGGACAAUUGAAAUUUGGACCUGACUUGGAAUGGUUGGAUGUGUCAAGUGCCGAUGAAAUAGACUAUACUCCCAAUCCACGAAAUUUGAAACCGGCAUAUGAGGCCGUAAUGCAAUAUUUUCCAGCAAUCACGCAAAAUUCAUUGUCACCAUCUUAUUCUGGAGUCAGGCCAAAAUUAUUAUCAGCAACGGAGAGUAAGGAUCACUUUGCUGAUUUUGUAAUUAAAGAAGAAGAUGGGUAUCCGGGAUUUGUUAAUCUUUUAGGGAUUGAGAGCCCAGGAUUGACUGCAGCUUGGGCCAUUGCUGAGCACGUAAAGAACAUAUAUCAUAAAUAG